AUGCGAAAUUUCCUAAUCGGUUGGCGUGACUCGACUCGCCGUCAAUUUCGGCACAAUGAGCAUAGCUGUGGGCAAUGGGCAUUGCAAUUGCGGUGCGAAAUCGAAAAAACGAGGCGCCUACUCCAGCACGAGAGCCCGGCCAAUCUCCAGUACAUUGUGGAGUAUGGCCUGGUGCAUUUCGAGGCCAUCGCAAACACCGAGAUUGAGACCGAACUGAUCGCCUCGGGUCUAUUGUGGCCAUUGUUUGUUGCGGCUUCAGAGGCGGAGACGACCGACUUGCGUCUACGAUUCAUCGAGAUGUUCGCCUCGGAGCCUUAG